AUGGCAACUUCUGUUCCAUCAAUUGAUGACCUUCAGGAGAACACCAAAAAUCAGCAUCUCGAUAUCUUUUCUCUUAUCUGGCUCGAUGUCAACACAACCCUUGAAGACAAUCGAAAUGCAGAACAAAGAUUGCGUUCUAUCAUUCAUUGUCUUAUGAAAUUUCAAGAUGUAAAACAAUGUCAAGAAUACAUUGAAAAACAAUCACAAAAAGCUCGACUCAUAAUGAUCGUCAGUGGUCGGUCAGGACAAGAAAUAGUUCCUUCUAUUCAUAAACUUCGACAAGUUAUAUCAAUUUAUGUGUACUGCAUGGAUAAAAAAAGUCAUGAACAAUGGACUCGCAACUUUGCAAAAGUAAAAGCAGUUAUUGUUGAACUUAAUGAGCUUAUCUUUCGAAUUGAAACUGAUCAUAGAAUGCAGAAAAUCGUAGAAGAACCAUUGUCGAUUAAUAUUUUUACUACAAGUACUAAUGCAGGUACAUCAGCAAUGGGUACUUCAUCAAUGGGUAUAACAACAAUGAGUGUAAAUGGUCAGUUUGUUUUCUCUCAAGUUUUGAUUGAUUGCCUUCAGCGGCUAGAAUCCAAUAAAACAGAUAAAGAAGAGCUUAUUCAUCUUUGUAAACAGAAAUAUAAAGAGAACAAUGCUGAAUUGAGCUGUAUUGAUGAAUUUGAAAAUAGUUAUUCAUCUGACCAAGCCUUGUGGUGGUACACAAGGCAGUCAUUCUUCUACCAAACUCUCAAUGCUGCUCUACGUAAGCAAGAUAUUCAUUUAUUUUUUUUAUUUCGCGCAAUUAUUUCGGAUAUUCAUUAUCAAUUGAAAUACAACCAAGCUAAAGAUCCUCUACGAGUUUAUCGAGGCCAGAUGAUGUCAAGUGAUGAAUUGAAAACUUUGAAACAAUGUCUUGACCAGUUUAUUUCAGUAAAUUCAUUUUUUUCCACCAGUAUGAACAAACAGCAAGCUCUUUAUUUCGUCAACACUUCUCAUGCUACAGACAAUUUAGAACCAGUAUUGUUUGAAAUCGAUGCUGAUCCUGCAAUGGCAACUACAAAACCAUUCGCUGAUAUCAGUCCGUUUAGUAUAUUUCCCAGAGAAUCAGAAAUACUUUUUAUGCUCGGUUCUAUUUUUCGUUUGAAAAGCAUCCAUCUUAGUGGCGACAGUCAAGUAUGGGUUAUCCGAAUGAUUUUAUGUAGUGAUAAUGAACAUGAAUUAAAACACGUUCUCAUGGAUAUGAAACAACAAUUUGGAAGUGGAAAAAUGGAUCUUCGAACAUUAGGAAGACUACUAUCGGAGAUGAAUAAACCUGAUUUAGCUGAAAAAUAUUUUAUACGCUUGUUGGAACAACUGCCACUCGAUGACCCUUUACGUUAUGACUUAUAUAAGGAUCUUGGUAAAUUCGCAUCACAAGCCGGUAACUUUGACAAGUGUAUGGAAUGGCGUCAAAAAGCUAUUGCGCUAAAACAACAAGUCGAGUUAGCAGGUAACUAA